CACAAAUCCGCAUGCGGGUUUCUCUUAUGUUCUACUAUAGUUCGAUACCUCUAAGGUAUCAAGGUUGAUAGCAGAGUCAGCACAGUUCUCAUUCACAGUUACAAGCAGGCAAGGACAUCCGGAGAACUGAACCAAGUUAUUGAAAGCGGUGUCCUAAUCCGGGAACCCAAGUUUCACCUACAUCCUAUGAGCACCAUCAGUAUAAGUGGUUGUGCAAUUAUCUAUAUAGCUCCUGCACUAGAUCACAUCCCUUGUGCGUCCAACGAAGUAGACCGUUGUCUAUCAGGCAUCCUAACAUCUCUACCUGCGAAAUCUUCUCCUGUCUACGAGAAAAUCUGAUCAGGCGGCUUUCGAGCAGUUUCCAAAUUAAAUUCGGUUAGCCUGUAAAUACUCUCUCUGUGGGAUGCCUGGUAAUGCAGGUCGCAGCGAUAGAAGUGGAAGACGAGGAGGACCAAAAUCUAGAGAAGAACAGAUCUCUCGAGCCUUAAGCAAGCUCCUUCGACAUCAAGCGGAGAAAGAGGGCCUUGUCCUAGGCCCUGGAGGCUAUAUCAACCUUCAAGAAGUGAUAAAUAACCGAAAUAUCAGAUCCCUCAAAGUCACCGUACCUGAGAUCAAGGCGAUUGUAGCCAACAACGACAAGCAACGCUUCAAACUAAUUCCAGUGGCUGAAGCCAAAAGUUCUCAAUGCGAUGAUUACGUUGAUACAGCAUCAAAAGCUGACUGCGAGAACGAUGAUCCGUCGCAAUGGCUAAUUCGCGCAAACCAAGGUCACAGCAUAAAAGUUGAUGAAGAAGGACUCAUGGAGCCCAUUACCCUCGACGGAGAGAUCCCAUCUAUCGUCGUACAUGGCACUACAUCAAAAGCGUGGCCCCUAAUUUUGUCUUCAGGGGGACUCAAGAAAAUGUCGCGAAACCACAUCCACUUCGCAGCAGGUCUCCCUGCUGGUUUUGCUUCAGUCACAGCUGCUCAGGAGGCUGGUAACAAUGCUAAUAAGGAGCCUGUGAUCUCGGGCAUGCGAAAUUCAUCAAACAUUUUGAUAUACAUCGACAUCGCAAAAGCAUUAAAGAGUGGGAUUAAGUUCUGGAAGAGCGCAAACGGUGUAAUCUUGAGCGAAGGUAAUGAGAGCGGUCAGAUCCCAAUAGAAUACUUCAAGCAGGUCGAGGACCGCAGAGGCUUAGCGGUCAUCAUGAAAGAUGGGGAGUUGAAAGCGUAAAUCUCAAUUUCACUUACAUUUAAGCACGUCCAACAUGAGUUGACAAAUCAGAAGACAUACAGCUCCAAUAUGGAUUUGUUCUUUAGAACCAAACCC